GUUAGGAUACCUCUUUGCAGUAAGGCGGCCGGCGUGAUGCUCAGGUUAUGUUUGUUAGCAGUAUGUGUUGCUGCAGCAGCAGCCACCAACACACUGGUCCUGGUGGACACACUAGCCACACGGGAGACUCAUUCCAUCUUCCUCAAAUCACUUCAAGAACGGGGCCAUGAGUUAACUGUGAAGGUGGCUGACGACCCUUCCCUGCAGCUGAGCCGUUAUGGGGAAUACCUCUACCAGAACCUGGUGAUCUUUGCACCAGGUGUGGAGGAGUUUGGAGGUGCCCUCAGUGUGGAGACAAUUGUGGAAUUCGUUGAUGGUGGUGGCAAUGUGCUGGUGGCUGGGUCCAGGGAGGCAGCCGACCUGAUCCGUGAGCUGGUGACUGAAGUUGGGGUAGAGAUGGAUGAGGAAGGAGCAGCUGUCAUUGACCAUCUCCACUAUGAUGCCAAUGAUGAUGGACAGCACACCCUCAUUGCUGCCCCAAGCUCUGGCCUUAUUGACUCUGAAGUAAUGGUGGGUGCAAGAGACGCCAUCCCCCUCCUGUACCGUGGCACAGGACUCAUCACUGAUGCUGACAACCCUCUGGUGCUGCCAGUGUUGCGGGCUCCCUCCACAGCCUAUUGCUACAGCCCCACACAGGCGAUCACUGACUACCCUCAUGCCACAGGCCAGAACAUGCUGCUGGUGGCAGCACUGCAGGCACGUAACAAUGCCAGGGUGGUGGUGUCUGGCUCCCUUGAAUUCUUCUCAGAUGCCUUCAUCAUGGCUUCAGUGCAGACACCUCAGGGAGCCUCAUAUGAACGUUCAGGCAAUGGGCGAGUGGUGGAGGCCCUGAGUCGUUGGGUGUUCAUGGAAGAGGGUGUGCUGAGAGUUGUAUCCAUAGAUCAUCACUUGCAGGCCCAGUCUGAACCACCUGUUGCCUAUACCAUCAAGGAUGAUGUGGAAUAUAAGAUCAAGGUGGAGAGGCUGGUGGAGGGCACAUGGAAGCCGUAUGUUGCAAAUGACAUGCAGAUGGAAUUCGUGCGCAUUGAUCCAUUUGUACGGCUGACCAUGACACCAAGCACCAGUGGUCUGUUCUCCGUCAAGUUUAAGGUGCCUGAUGUGUAUGGAGUUUACCAGUUCAAGGUGGAAUACAACAGAGUGGGCUUCACCAGGCUGUACAGCUCAACCCAGGUGUCUGUGCGUCCCUUCACCCAUCUGCAAUAUGAGAGAUUCAUCGAGUGUGCCUACCCGUACUAUGCUAGCGCCUUCUCAAUGAUGGUGGGCGUGUUCCUCUUCUCCCUUGUGUUUCUCCACCACAAAGAGUCACCAUCCAAGACCAAGUCUGAUUGAUUCAUCCUGUUUCCUCUAGAUUUCCAGGAUGAAUGUAAAAUUUGGUCUUCAUUCCUUUACAGUAGACUUGUAGUAAUUUUGGCAUUCAUUGAAAGGUUUGGAAUAGUUCAGAGGUUAAAACCUGACCAUAGAAUUUAGAUGUUGUUAUUGUGUAAUGUUGACUCAAAAGAAGCUUCUAAUGUUUCUAAUUUCUUUUCUCCAAGAUUCUUCAUCUAUACUCGUUUAAAUACAACCUCAAAGAGGUAUCACUGUAAAAAACAACUGCUUUGAAUAAAUUUUUCUUAAUA